AUGCGGGAUUGUCAAAUAUGGGACAAAUUUAAUGCCGAACGACAGGCUUUACGUAUUAAACUUGCCGAACAGUUACGCUUAAAUAUGUCAUUUUUGAUUGGUGAUGUACAUGAUGCUGAUUUAUUGUUAGUUUCUGCCGAUGGUAGUAAAUUACCUGCCCACCAAUGUAUUCUUCAUCAACGUGCACCAGGUUUUUAUGGACGUUUUGUGGAACCAACAAUAGCCGCUGCAACGCGUAGCGGUAACCCAUCGGCAGUACUUGAAGUAGCUGUUGGUGAUGUGGAUUCUGAAGGUCUUCGAUUUUUUAUCAGGUACAAAAAUUUAUAUUUAGAAGACCAGGAUGAUGAAGGUUCACAGCCUACCUAUAAAAUGGAUGAAUCUACUGAUCUCGGUGAUUACGGUGUCGAGGAGGAGGAGGUAGAGGAAACAGCUGAACAAGAACCGUCACCACAAGGCGAUUCAUUAGAAACAUCUAAAAAUACAUCUUUAUGUCGGCUUGCAAAUGAAGAUCCAGUUGCGAUGACUUCAUUCCUUGAAUUAGCGAACGAAUCCCCAAUGGUGACCUCAAUGUCAACAGAGCGUGACGAAAGUCGUUCUUCAAUGCAGGAGGGCUUUUUGGAAUAUAGGAAAGGAUCGUUUCCUGAAAACGCAUAUGAGAGAUUUAUUAGUCUCAACAAAGAAACGUCAGAAGAUACGGAAAAUUCUUCUGGACUAAGAAAUCGAAGUGAAAGCUGUGCUACCUCAAAACAAAUUUUUCAAAUGUUUAUCGAAUUUGAAGGGGCAGGUUCUACAUCUGAUAUGUGCCGAAGCGCUCCAGAAGGAAUCAGAAGCAGAGCUUUGGCUGCUCGGCAGCUUUCCAUUAAUUCAUUAACAUCACUUACUUCAAUUGAUGUAUCUUCAGUGGAAGUCAGCGCUCCACCCGUGGAUCGAAAUCCUUCGUGUAAAUUGGCUGAAGACUUACUGAACAUGUACUUGAAGAACAUUGACACCGAUAUUGUGGUUAAAACUGACAAUGGUGAACUCUUCGCUCAUAGAUGUGUUUUGUCGGCCACUUCAGCAUACUUCAAAAAUCAGUUGCAGAAACAACGUGUCAAGUAUAUUGAAUUGAAAGGUUACUCGAGAACAGCUGUCCAUUUUCUUUUAUCGUUUCUCUACGGUGGUUUAACAUAUAUUGGUGAUGAUGUUGAUAUCUACGAGUUAGUAUCUUUGGGUACACAUCUGAACAUCGAAAGUUUAUUACAGCUUAUCCUUCUGCACUUUCGGGCUAAAAAAUGUCAUUUUUUUCAUCGGGCUCUAGCAUGGCAGGCGAAACAUUUUUCUCGAAUAUGGAAGGGUCGAGUUUUUGCACAUUUGAAUCCGAGGUGGCAGAAGGCCUGUUUUGACGCCCUAGUUGAAGAAAUGGACGAAGAAGCAGUUAUUGAUGUGAUGCUUGGAUGCGAGAGGUUACAGGCAAGCUUACCUUAUUCACGCACCGGUAAGGCAAGCGAAAGCGUACAAAUUCUCGUGUCCGACGUUCUUGACUUUGCUCAAGAAUUACUCUUACAGUCUUUUGAUGCAGUUUUAUUUUCAAAAUCAUUUCGCUCACAUGGCAAGGGCUUAGCUCUCAACAUCGGUCUCUUGGAAGAUGUGUUCCUUCCUCUAGUCCAUAGUCUAAGCGCCGAUACUGCUAUUAGAUCUUAUCUAAGCUUGUGUAAAUUGAUUGAUAUUAUUCGGAAGGAUAUCCCGUCUCCGAAGAAAGCACUUCUAUCAUCAACGGUGGACGUUUGGAAUCCAAAAUUUCUUAAUCUUAUACGGAGGCUAUAUGAGCUGGUUGACAAGCACAUUCUACACUACGCAGCAUCUGCAGUUAAAACUGAGUCGUGGAAUUUGUUAGACGAGCACGACCAACAGCGUAUAAAAGAAAGUGGCAUUUUUGUUGAAAUGAAACAACCACGCGCUCCACCACCGAAGUUUUCAAGUUUUAACAGGGCUUAUAAACGGUCAUCAAGUGCGGGUGUACAAAGUUACGGUUCACAUGAACGGGCAAGUUCGUUAGAACGGUGGCGGCCGUUCCGGGCUGGUGACCAGGUUCAUUUUUCUGCUCUGAAAGCAAACAGUUUGAAGAUGCGCACAGUGAAAAAUGAUGCAGAAGUCGCUCAGCCAUCACCACCUCCGGCACCACAGCCACCAGUUAAACAUGAAUCGUCUAUUUCAAGUACUGAAGAAGAAACAAAACAAAAAAAACACGGUUCCUUAAUAACAAAAUUGCAAACAGAAAGACGUGCAAAAUCUGUAUCAACUAGCCCAAAAGUUAGCCCCUUUCGAAAACGUCCAGAAGAAAUGGCUAGUGUAAAGCUAGAGGAAACCGAGGAGGGCGAAUCGCAGGAAUCUGAAGAGAAAUCAAUCGCUAAACCGAAAUCUGUUGUAAAACCAAUGGUUAGCGAACGACGUUCACCGCAAGUCUCCUCUUCAACCAGCAAAGAAACAGACACUCCUCGUAGUCGAACUCGACUUUAUCAACCGACAAAAUUCCGGAGAAGUCAGGAGAAGUUGUCUGCCACAUCAGAAGGAUAUACAGGUUCCGGAAAAAGCUCAAGUAAAAGAGAUCAAUCUGUAACCAGCUAUCAUGGCGGUAGCAUUGAAAAAACUAAACGGCACCUAUAUUCCGAAGCUCGAAAGGUUACAGGCCUGUAG